GCUGCGUAGAGCCACAGACGCUUCUCCAGCUCCGUGCAGCCCGGUGCGAAGAUGGUUGGCGGCUUGUGUGCUCGCAGGUUGGCCCGUCGGUCGCGGUCCGCCCUGAUAGCAGCUCUCACGGUGCUGCUGGUGCAGACGCUGAUUGUGUGGAACUUCAGCAGCCUCGACUCCGGCGAAGAACGGGACAACGGAGGCUCCAACGUGCGGGAGAAGAGGGACCGGGUCGCAGGCAACCGUGCUGUUGGCAACGACUAUUUCCAGCACGGGGUCCAGCAACGGCAGCGGCAGCAUCUUCCUCUGCCGGGGAAGGGGACGUCUCGUCACAUACAGCAGCCGGAUGGAUACUACUCUCAUCGCCCGAAAGAGAAAAGCAGAGUGGACAGCAACAACGAGAAUUCUGUGCCCAAAGACUUUGAGAAUAUAGACAAUAGUAACUUUGGUGCACGCUCUCAGCCACACCGGCAGUCUGUAGGUGCCACCAGCAGCAAACAGCAGCGGGAGCAUCUGCAAGAGAAGGCUCACGCACAACAGCAGGCCUGGAGGGAGAGCUCACCAAGUCUGGGUCGCAGCUCUAACGAAGUCCUGCCUGUAGGCCACCAGUCGCUGGUGGUCAGCAACAAUGCCUCCUACCCUGGUGUGGCAGGAGUUUCACGGCAGCACAACCGUGCCUCACAGGUCCAGCAGGCACAGUCACAACACAGACAUCAGCACCCGCACAGGAGGCAGGUGACCGCAGCACCACUGGAGGUGACCUACGACCAGCCACCCAAGUGUGAGAUCAGUGGAAAGGAAGCCAUUUCAGCUCUAUCCAGAGCCAAGAGCAAGGAGUGUCGGCAACAGAUUGCUGAGGUGUACUGCAGACACAAAGAGGGACAGCUGAUGCCGGAGAAGGUCACUCGCUACUGCCCCAUUGAAGGUAAAGCCAAUGCCAAUGUCCAGUGGGAUGAAGACUCAGCUGAGAGCUUUCCAUCAAAACCAGUCAGAAUAGCGUUUGUACUGGUGGUCCAUGGGCGAGCCUCUCGCCAGCUUCAGCGCCUCUUUAAAGCCAUCUACCACACCUCACACUUCUACUACAUUCAUGUUGAUCAGCGCUCAAACUACCUGCACAGACAGGUGCACGCCAUGGCUGCCCAGUAUCCAAAUGUUAGGGUGACUCCUUGGCGCAUGGCCACCAUCUGGGGCGGUGCCAGCCUACUGACCAUGUAUCUCCGCAGCAUGGCUGACCUGCUGGCCAUGAGGGACUGGAACUGGGAUUUCUUUAUCAACCUCAGUGCUGCUGACUACCCCAUCAGGACCAACAACCAGCUGGUGGCCUUCCUGUCCAAAUACAGAGACAUGAACUUCAUCAAGUCCCAUGGCAGAGACAACGCCAGGUUUAUACGCAAGCAAGGUCUGGAUCGUCUCUUCUUUGAGUGCGACACACACAUGUGGAGGCUGGGUGAUCGUAAAAUCCCUGAGGGUAUCUCUGUAGACGGCGGGUCUGACUGGUUCCUUCUCAAUCGUAUGUUUGUGGAAUACGUCAUUAACUCCAAGGACGAUCUGGUCACCAACAUGAAACGCUUCUAUGCCUACACCCUCCUGCCUGCUGAGUCAUUUUUCCACACAGUGCUGGAGAACAGCGCCCACUGUGAGAGCAUGGUGGAUAACAACCUGCGCAUCACCAACUGGAACCGCAAACUGGGCUGUAAGUGCCAGUACAAGCACAUCGUGGAUUGGUGUGGAUGCUCCCCAAAUGACUUCAAACCUGCAGACUUCCACCGCUUCCAGCAAACGGUGCGUCCCACUUUCUUUGCCCGUAAGUUUGAAGCCAGUGUGAACCAGGAGAUAGUGAACCAGCUGGACACCUAUCUGUUCGGACCGUUUCCCCCGGGAACAGCGAGCCUGAACUCAUACUGGGAGAAUGUGUACGACGAGCCAGAUGGUGUGGCCAGCCUAUCGGACACGCAGCUCACGUACUUCCACUCCUUCUCACGGCUGGGCCUGGCCCGUGCUGCUGCCUCGCUGCAGGGAAACCCAAGCGAUCACAGCUGCAGGUACUUUCCCAUGGGCCACCCGGUGUCUGUGCAUCUCUACUUCCAGUCAGACCAGUUCCAGGGCUACCUUGUCAAGCACCAUGCCACCAAUCUGGCCACAAGCAAGCUGGAGACCAUGGAGACCUGGGUAGCACCCAAGAAGAACUACAAGCUAACAACACCUCCCAGCAGCACAUUCAGCCGUUUGCAGUUCGCAGAGAUCGGCACAGAGUGGGAUGCCAAAGAACGAAUGUUUCGAAACUUUGGUGGUCUGAUGGGCCCUAUGGACGAGACCGUGGGCAUGCAGAAGUGGAACAAGGGUCCCAACGUCACUGUCACAGUUGUGUGGAUCGACCCCACCAAUGUUAUUGCAGCUACCUAUGACAUACUGAUAGAUGCUAGCGCCGAGUUCACACACUACCGUCCACCGCUCAACCAACCUCUGCGCCCUGGAGUGUGGAGCGUCCGCAUCCUUCAUCACUGGAGUCCUGUGGCUGAGAUGCGCUUCCUCAUCGCCCCGUUGGCAUAUAGCAAGCACCAGCCCAUACGACAAGAGGAUACUCUGAAGCUUCACAAUGGGCCAGCUAAGAACAGCUACAUGGAGCAGAGUUUCCACGGUCUCAAUCCAGUGCUCAACAUUCCCGUCAGCCUGGGCUACGUGGAGCAGGCCAAGAGGAACGCAGCCCUGACCGGCCCGGAGUUGGAGCAUUGGUUAGACAGCCUGGUAGGUGAGCUAUGGGAGGCAGCUGAUGUCUGUGCUGUGGGACUGACUGCCUGCCCUGUCAUGCAGGCCUGCCCCAAGAACCCUUGGAGCUCCCUGAGCCCAGACCCCAAAUCCCAUCUAGGAGCACCACGUGCCAACGGGCGCAUCAGGUAGCAGCAAGGCCUCCAGCUGGAUAGGAGGCCAUGACACUGUUGAUUUUUAUUUAUUUAAGGGUUUUUGCAAACGGGGAAGGAACAGUGUUCCUCCUCUCUCUAAAUGAGAAGGAAACAAAAGAAAAAUAUAUUUUUGGGGACGUUUGGUGAGGGUGACUGGACAGAGAGCAAGCAUGAUUUUCAGAUCCUCCCACAGGUUUUCUCCUUUGAGGGGAUUAUGCUGGCUUUGCUAUUUCAGUUUCUCAGUGUAUUUAUUUUUCUUCUCAUGGCUGAGUUUUACUGUGAUCAAACAUUGCAAUUUUUCAGCAUUUAUUUUGCUGCUGAAUGAAUUAUGAAGUCAGCUUUCAAAGCCACAGUGGUUAUGCGAGUGAGGAUUGUCGACACUGACAGCAGACCAAGUUUUGCUGUGAAAAGGCCUUAGCUGUAAAACAUGAAAAUGGAAGCCUGCUACUGAAUUUAAUGUGCCUCAUUCAAAGUAUGCCAACAUAAACAAAGCAAAGUUAUCAGAGUGCUGAGAUAUGCUUGAACUGUCAGAACAUAAUUAUUCUGUUAAAGUUGUAGUACCAUUGAAGAAAAUAUCCUCCUUGGGGGAAAAAAAAUCUCUGAAGGACAAUUACUCAUGUUGUUUAAGCCAACUUAUUUUAAGAGUUUCUGAUAGUCCAUACUCCGUUUGUGAAUCAGCAGAAUCAGAAGCCGCAGCACAACUUCUUUCAGUUGAGUGCCUGAUCAGGAUGUGGGACUGUUGUGGCCGGGCUAACCAUCUGCUGCAGUCACAUAGUGAAAUUAUGGAAAAAGACAAAUGCAAAUCCAGAGGCCUUCUCAGAACAAUUGAACCCAUUUGGAUUAUGCUAGAAAUUUAAAAUAGAUAUUUUAGUUUUCUUAAACCACAAAUGCCUCAUUUGUGGUUGUUGUACAAUAGUAUUUUAGACUUAACAUUCACAUAGCACAGUUUUUUUCUUUUGUAAUGAAGUUAAGAUGUUGUGACAGGCAGAGGACAAAUAGAGAACUGUUUUGUCUGACUUGGUUUUGUUACUGAACUGCCUCAAACUUGAAACACAAUCAUCUCAAGCUGACCUUAAAAACUCCUGUUCUUGUUUUAGUGUCAUCUUUUUUUUACAUUCUUCAAGUUAUUUUAAUGACACUUGUGUACAUGAUUAUACAUGAAGUCUCAGAAAUUGUGUGAAUGGGGCUGUAGGGGUUGGGGGGGAGUCCAUGAGUCGCUAUUUAUUUAUAAGUUUAUAUAAAUGCUGAUAUUUUUAGUCAGUGACUAAAUAAUUGCGACGCUGCCUUGGCAGCAUGAUAAAUAUUUUUUGUAAAGCCGCCUUUAUUUACAAAGGCCAACACCCCAAACUUAGACUGUACCUUUUGAGGCCCACAUCUGUGUGUUAGUCAGUGUUGUCCUGUCUGAAUAGAUCCUCUUGUCUUGGUUUCUGACACGGUUGUUUGACAAGUGCAUCACAGGAGAAAGUCACCUCGACCUGUGAGGUCAGAGAUCAGCUACCUGACAACCUCACCAAACAGAGAAGGUGCACACAAACACUCCUCACAACCAAAAAACACUGGACAACGUCUGGCCAUUGAAGGAGGAACUGUGGUGUUAGGUGUUUUACAAUUCCUGAGUAAGAUAGUGAGUGGUGGUUAUCUUCAUGGUGUGACAGUGAUGAACUAUUUCAAGUGAAUAUUGCACGGGGUCUUUAUUGCAAAUGCAUCUUCAGUGGAUUGCAUAUAUGGCACCUUUGAAGGAUCUUUUCUGUCUUCAAGACAAUCUCUGGACAUCUGAGACGAGUUUAUGACACUGAACCGCAGAACAUCCUGAACAAGAAGGGGUCGCAUAUUUGUUUACUUUGGAAUAAGUUUCAUCUCAAGGCAAUUAGGACUUCAAUCUGCGAUUGUCAACAUUGUUUAGCCACCACACAGGCUAAGUGAGUGUUUUUGCACUGGCUAAUUAAGAGACAUUACUGUUCAUUAAUGUCAAGUUCACCUUGCUCUCCUCUCUGUAGGAUGUGUCCAUUAUAAUCACUCCUUCCCUCUCCAGCCUUCACUGUUUCCGGUGUUUGGUUGAAAAGGACUGCUUUGUUUUUCAGUGGCCGGCUUCUGCUGCCACCUUUUUAACUUCUAGUGCCACCAUGCUCAGAACAAUUCCUGUACAUAAUACAUGCUAUUAUGUAAGGCCAAUGACAGGUUUGGAAAAUGGUGAAUAAAAUAAAUGUAACUCAUUGUGGAAGUCCUAUUUUGUAACAAAAUGAUUAACAAAUGAAGAAGAUGUACAUAGGUAUUUUAUAUUGAAAUGUUGUUUAAAGGUGUUGUACAUGUAAAUACAGAUGUGGUCAAAAUGAAAUUGAAUUAUAAAGAGAUGUUGAAGUGUCAAUAAAUGGACACAGAGUGAAUCGAUGGUGUUUAUUGAUCAAAGUACAUAACCUGUUUCAGUGUUUUUGGACAGCUGUGACAACAACUUUGUCCUAUUUGCCUCUCAGAGAAAAUCACAUGCCAGAUUGUUGUUGUUCUCGCUGGAAUGUAUUGUUGAGCAACUGUUGCACAAAAUUUCUCUGAACUGACGUUUCCCCCAUUCUUUUGUUUCAGGGGAGGCUCUGUGUGCCUUAGCUGACUUUAGAACCUUCUCUUUCCAUUAAAGGAAAUCCUUAUUUUGUUAUUUGUUUUGAUCUUAAGUUUGCUGAGUGAUUCACUGGUACUGCAACACCAAAAAGAUGUCUGCUGUUGUAUAUAUCAUCAGGCCUUCUGUCUAUUUUUUCUGUAAUUUUUUUUUCUUCCCUUCUUGGGGUGAUUUUUUUGUUGUACUCAACUGGCUUGUUUUACUUUU